UCGUGUUGAUUUCACUCGUGGAUUGUAACUCAUACACUAGAUUUUACAUUAGUGGCUGUCAUCUUUUUCGUUAGAUCUUCAUAAUGUUUAAUCAGUAGCUGUUGUAAUAAUACAGUGCUUUGUAUAUUUUGCAGAGCAGUUUAUCUGUUAGCUGGUAGUGUUUUGAGUCAUGCUGUUAGAAGUGCUACAGGCAGCAGACGCUGGAGGAUUCAUACUCAUUCAGGAUUCUGUCCAAUGCUGCGGUCGAGGAAUCCUCCGGUGUUGUAUUAACGCAGCGCUGAAGAGGGACGAGGAUGUGCAUGUGCUGGGGUUUGAGAGUCCUGAAACAGAAGUGUGUGCUGGCUUAGACUGCAGUUUUGCGCAAAAGCUUCAUUUUCAUAAGGGUUUUCCUGAUCCCCUCGGCUGGAGGGGCAAAUCUUCUUUCACCGUUCAGCAGUUCACUUCUCAACACAUAACUCAACUCAUCAGAGACUCGCAACCUGCUAAAGCAUCAGUUCUAGUUGUUGACUCUCUCUCGCUGGUUUUAAGACAUCACAAUCCUGUCAUCGUCUGUCAGAGUCUUCAGGAGCUCAGAAAAGGAGGAGUUGUUAAAACUAUUAUCGGUCUCCUGCAUUCAGAUUUGCAUCUGCAAGGUAUUGUGGGCAUCGUAUGCCACUUAGCCAGUACUGUAAUCUCUGUGGCACCCACAAACAACGAACGUCAUGCUGUGGCGACGACCACAAGACGCACAAAAUCAGGCAAAGUUACGCAGGAGGAAGAGUACUUCAGUGUGUCCGAGGACGCGACGCUUUCUGUCCAGAGCAAACCUCGUCAACAUGAUCGUGUAGAGAAAGAGCAGGAUUCAGCUGAGGUCGAUCCAGCAUCAAACCUGACUUUCAAUCUCCGUCUGUCUGAGGAGGAAAGAAGAGCCAAAGAGAAAGUGGCGCUGCCGUUUGUGUUUAGCCAAGAGAAGAAAUCAGCUCUUCUGAGGCCGACUCCAGGCUCAGGAAGGAUCAUGUAUGAACCCGACGCCAACGAUGACUUCGAUGAGGAGGAUCCAGAUGAUGAUCUUGAUGUGUGAAAGAAGAAAACACACAUCCUCAUUCACGACACAAGUCUGUGACUAUUACACGCAUCUGUAAACAUUAUUUAUUUCCUAUUCAUAAUUCACCACAAUAUCAAACAGUCUGCGGCAGUCUGAUAUCUGUCAGCUCCAAGAGAAUGUUUUGACAGCGAGUUGUAAAUACAGUUUUUCUAUUAAGUUUGACAUUUGGUGGACAAACGACACCAACAACACCCUUAUACGCUUUGUUAUUUAUAGAUAAUGUUAAUAAUAAUAUUGUCUCAAUAUUUAAAGCUUAAAUGUGAAUAUAAUUCUUUCCGAUGUAUUGGUUGAGGUUUUCACUAAAGAUCCCCAAACUUGUACUUCUGAGUUUAGAAAUGGUGCUCCAAACAUAAUAAAAAAUAAUAUUGGAAAUCAAAUAUACAUGCAAAACUGCACACACUUUAUCUCUGUUCAUUUUCUGUUGGCCAGCAUUAUUAUCAUGACCUUCUCUGCUCUUGUGUGGUAAUUAAUGUGUCCUGUAUUCCUGCAGCCUCACAACCACGCAGAUUUUAAUAAAAUGUAAGAUGUUUUA